UUGCCAACUCCCGAGACAAAGGAUUGGACUUCAUUGAACGCGAACGGUUGACCCUCUUCCCGAUCGUGGCUGGCGUCAGUGCGUGCACUGCACUGGGACUGUGCCCUUAUCGAUAUCGGUAUCGGUCUCGCCGAUCAAGGAACAGUGACGAUUACAUCCAACCCCUCUUACCCAGAACGAUCCUGGCGGGCGAACUAUGGACUGAGCGUCGUCAUCGGUCGAAUCCCUGUUGUCGCGCUUGUGUUCCCCCUCACCGUACUUGACCUCACACAGGAGACAAGGGUCAAUCGCCGAUUGUACUGUGCAUACAUAACAUAAAACGGUCUGUGUCGCUGGUCGAGCCAGCCAGAUCUCUACCUGCCAUCGAUCGACAUGCCCCGCAAUAUCCUCAUUGCGGGCGCUGGCAUUGCCGGACUCGCUUGCGCCAUCUCGCUGUCGAAGGAGCUGGGCUUCUCCAGCCCCGAUCUGAAGAUCUCCGUAUUUGAGGGAGCGGCGGGUCCUUCCGCCUCCGGAGGCGCUAUCAGUUUGACUCCCAUCGCGCAGAACUACCUCCAUGAGCUUGGGGUCUUGUCCGAGCUGAAUCGGAUGGGCAAUGAUGCGGGAAUCGAGGUCGAUAUCAUCGAACUGUUUUCGUUGCGGUCUGGCCGGCGAUUGGGCCCCCUACGAUUCACCGACGAGAAAGGACGCGGAUAUGGGGGCUACAAGGGCCGUCGAGUGAUGCGCAGUGCGCUGUCGUGUGCUAUGUUGGCCGUCAUCCGCGAUCUCCCGAAUGUGUCCGUCUCCUAUGACGCGAAAGUGGUGGGCGGCAGUACCACCGAUGACAGCGUGACGCUCAAGUUCGAGAAUGGUGCAAUAGCCACUGGAGAUCUACUUCUCGGCUGUGACGGCGUGCAUUCCAUCACUCGAACGCAGAUUGUCGACCCGGGCAAUCGGUCAGAGUAUACGGGGAUCUCCUUCAUUCAGAGUGUCGUGGAUGCGCAGCAGUUCACACUGCCAAUGCACUUUGACCAGACCGCGGUGCAUUUCACCCGCCACAGUUCGUUGCUCACUAGCUACUGUGACCCGGCACGCGAGAAGCUCUUCGCGGCGGCCAUCCUUCGUGUCAACGAGCAUCUCAUCGAACGAUAUCAGGCUGCGUCGACGAAUCCCCAAUCCGCGGCGAGCAUGAAGAUGUCCAUUCGAUACCUGGUACGCACACAGUUCGGCAAGUCCACCCUGCCCAGCAUCCGAGAACUGGUCGAUCGCAUCGAAGACUGGGCGCUGUACCCGGUGUAUCAAGUACGCCAGCGCGGGAAAUGGUACAAGGGGCGAGUUCUUCUGCUGGGAGAUGCUGCGCAUGCGAUGCCCCCUCGUGACGAAUCCGCCGCCUACGCCAUCGAAGACGCUCUCAUCUUCACCCAGAUCCUCGCCCAGCACCGCGAUGAUAGCUGCCCCCUAUCGACCCUGUUUCAGGAGUACGAGGCUGCUCGCAGGGUCCUUGUGAACAAGGCCUUUGACGCCUCGCGCAGGCUGUGGCAGAGCGACCUCGACAAGGGGCUUUUCCCGGGCCAUGUGCGGGAUCUCAUGUCGCCGGUGCAUGUCUCCUCGGCGACUUCGUCGGCGCCGCGCGGGACCGCGGCGACCCAUGAGAGUUUCUCGGACCUGUCGGUGUACUCGUUGACGAGAGAGUUCCAGGGGGAGAUCGAGUCUUAG